AUGACCCUUGACCUUGCAGUUGAAACCGAGGCCCCGGAGGGCUGGCUGAGAGCAGCCCCUGGCGCCAGGCUUCCCUGCCGGCUGCUGAGGUGGGAGGGCGAGUGUGAGGGCGAGUGUGAGGGCGAGUGCGGAGCGAGAGGUGCCGGCGGACCCAAGCGGGGCUCGGAAGGCUACCACGGCCAGCGCUGGGACUGCAGGGGACUCGGCGUCCUCCACGAGGGGUUUGCUCCCUCCCACACCCCCUUUGGAUCAUGCUUGGUGGCGCAGACUAUUCCCCAAAGCAGCCCUUAUGGUUUGGAGCUGAUUCACUGCCCAGGCCUCUGGAGUCCCCCAGACUGGGCCCCAAGUGAGGACCUUCAGGACACUGAGAGACCCCAAAAGAGGAUUCGAACUAUGUUUAACUUGGAGCAGCUGGAAGAGUUGGAGAAGGUGUUUGCAAAACAGCACAAUCUAGUAGGAAAGAACAGAGCCCAGCUGGCAGCCCGGCUCAACCUUACAGAGAACCAGGUGAGGGUCUGGUUCCAGAACCGCAGGGUCAAGUAUCAGAAGCAGCAAAGGCUGAAACCACCAGCUGUGUCUGCCAUGGCUACCUCCCCAGACGAGCCCUCCAGCAGCUCUGACACCAUCAUCCAGAGAGAAGACACGGAGUCAGGAGGGGACAGCUGA